AAAUCCCUACAAAUUAAGUGAAAGGUUUUCCGGAUAGUUUUUAUCCAAGUGAAAAAAAUUAAAUGCGAAUGAUUUAUCUCAGGUAGAAUAAUUAAUUUGGUCUUGAUAGCAAAUGUAAUGACUUCCUCACGUGUUAUACGUGGCACAAAAGCCAAAAUAUUUUUCUGCGUGAGCGGAGUUUUGAUCGUAACAGGGCUGAUUGCGAUUUAUCAAAAUGCCCUUUCUCAGCUGGACGAAACUAGGAAAAAUAAUGUUAUUUGCAGUAGGCAGAAUGAACAUUUUUCUAUGCAGAUUAGAGUAUUAGGCGAUAAUGAGAAAAAGUUAGAAGAAUCACUGAAACGCGAAGUAGCUCAGCACCAGAAAAAAAUUACCGAAGAAAAUUUGAAAAAUGAAAAGGUUUUGAGUGAUAGUUUAUUGGAAUUUAGUGCAUUAAAACAGCAUUGUGAUUUGUUGAAGACAGAAUAUGCGGAUUUUCAAGAGGAGUGUAGUAAAACACAAAAAGAACAACUCGAUGAGAUAAACAGUUUGCAGGCAAAAUUAAAAGAAGCGAAUAAAGAAUUAAAAAAGGUUCAGGAGUCUAGGGAGCAAGUUAAGACCAGGUUUGUUGAGCAAGAACUAGAAAAUAAAAAAUUGAAGAUUGCCUUAAGUGAGAAUGCAAAUAAUAAAGAGGCCAAAGAUACCAUAAGCUUUUUUUCUAAUAAGUUCCAUGACUUAGAAGAUAAAUAUAAUGUAUUACAGAAAAAAUGCGAACCGUCGGAUAGACCGUCUGCAGCAGAGACCAACGUCCAACAACCAGAGAACAAUAAUAACAAAGCAGCCUCGGAGAAAAGUUCUCUGAACCUGCCGGCAUUCAAAGCGGCGGAGCAGCCCAGUAGUUCGACGAAAGCCGGACCUAAAGCAUCCUCACAACACGGGAAUCUCAUCGGUGCCAAGCCGAUAAUCUUGCCCAACGUCACCAUGGAGAGCGCUAAGAAAGACGGCCAUUUGAAACCUCCACAGGGCGUGCCUGCCGUUCCGGUUAAUAGGGAAGAUCAAAACGAGCAACCGCCUGAAACUCAACAGGAUAGGGAUAAGAUCGGCAAAGAAGAGCCGGAAAACGAAAACGUAGCUAAAGAAGUCGUUGAUCAAUCUCAAAAUAAUGUUUUCGACGACUUGGCGUUGGGGGAUAUGGGUCAAAACUUGGACAGAAAAGAAGAAUCCUUGAAAUUAUCGGAUAAUAAGAAACACGACGAUCCCGACUAUAAAGAUAUCCAACGGGAAGAAGACGAAGAUGAUGAUGUCUAUCCUGAUAAUAGACAAGCUGAUCCAGUGGUGCGCAACUGAAAUAUUUGACUGGCUAUUUUUCUUCCAUCCUGUAAUUGGUCAGAUUAGUAGUGACGUCACAAAGUAUGUCGCCAACAAUAUCAACAUUAAGUAACAGUUCGCAAUGUUUUAGACGCUAAAAUAUUACCUUUAAAUGAACAAUUCUAAAGGGUUAUAUUACAAUGCCAAUUUCCGAAUCUAUUUCGUUUGCUAGAUGGCAUAAUAUUCAGUGACGUCACACUCUAAUCCGCCCAAUGGUAUUUUUUAUUGUAUAAAAAUGUAAGUAAGAUUUUUGAUACGUUUUGUACAUAGGUAAAUUAAUUAGAUCAGUUCAUAUUAGGGAUGUCCGUUAAACAAAAUAUCGAUACGUUUUGGACAUUCCUAAUUCAUAUUGCUAUGCUGAACACUGAAAAAGUAGCGCGAUACACCCAUAUUUAUAUUAAGAAAACUCUGUGAUAUCUGGCUCACCAUGUUUAAGCAUAUUUAAUAUGAGGUAGGUUAAUUAUUAAACAAGCAAUCGUAAUUUUUUCAUUGUUAUGCUUAUAAAGUAUUUUAGUUGUUAUGUAUAGUGUAAGUUUUUCUAUUUUUUUGUGCUUUGUUAACAUUUUAUAAUAUAUUUUGCGAUGAUUUAACGUUGAAUUAAUCAGUUUAAAUAUGAUGGUGUGUAAAUGUAGUGAAUUCUACAGGGUGUCAAUGUCUGAGUUUGUAUUAUGUUUCUCUAUACAGGGUGUCCCAGAAAUAAUUGGGUUUUAACUGGUAGUAUAGUUCAACCCCAGAAACACGCCUAAGAGGUUUUUUUCGGGAAAAGAAUUUGAAA